CUAAUGACUGACUUUAUUCCCAUACUUCACUCCAUCCCUGCUGUGUUGAACAUUCAGCCUCAGUGCAGCGUGUGAGAGGGGGUGUGGACGCGCAGAAGGGGUGGAUCACGUGUUAAUGUGUUUCUCUAAAGAGCCUCUGGAGCCAUAAAGGGCUCGCUUUACCUGUCGUGCGCUCAGGCCGAACUGGUUGCCAGUCUUGUCGAAGUCUUUUCCUUCGAUCUAUUUGCGCGCCGGGCGAACACUCUGAUUGGCUACAGAGGGAAACCAGCUCCGUCAGCCCACCCACCGCUGAUUAUAGGGACUCUUGCAGACUCAGUUUCCUUCCUUGCAUUGAGUCUGGGACCUGGCCCCGGGUCUGAACGGCACACACAGAGCGCGCAUCAUGGCAGCUACCCACAGCGACUACAGAGGCUACCUGCGGAACACCGUCGACAUGGAGGCAGGGCAGCACCGCUUCCACCAGGUGCAGCACUCGGAGCCCACUUACCGGCCGCUCCUAUUCGGGACCCUCGCUGUUAUGGGAUUGCUUCAGGUGGCUUCCAGCGUGGCGAUCUUAUUACACCUCACAGGUUACCUGCAAGAGGUAGAUUUGUCCACAGCCCCACAUCGGCCCAUAGAGGAGGUGCAGACGGAGCCGGUGCUGAACGCUCUGAGAGACACGAGGAAAAAAGGACGAUGCAAAACUCCAAAAGAGAGUCUGCCAUCCGCUCAUCUACCAAUCAGAGCGCAUCAAGAGUACUAUAAGAAGGGUGAGCCGAAACCCAUCACCAUUGACUGGGACGAGUUGCACGGAUACCUCCACAAGUUGCGCUACCAGAAGGGAAAACUGCAGGUGAUGGAGUCUGGUUUCUACUAUAUUUAUGCUAAGACCUGCUUCCGCUACUACAAGUACGUAUCAGAGGACAGCAGUCAGACCGGGGUCCCACCAGUGGAUGUUAGCAACACCCAGCUCAUCCAGUACGUCUACCAUGAGAGCAUCAAACAGAACAGCAAAGCUGCAGUGCUGAUGAAGACGGGCAGCACCAUGCGCUGGAACAUCACAAGCUAUAACAUGUACUGCGCCCAGCAGGGCCGAGGGGUGCGGCUGGAUGAUGGAGACUACUUGUUUGUCAAUGUGUCCAAUGCUUGGAUGCUGGACCCAGAGGGAGAAGGGACGUAUUUUGGGGCCAUAAAGUUGGGUAACUGAAAUUUUAAUAUGUGGGGAGCGGACAUGCUACUGAACAUUAAUGCCAAAGAACCACUGAUAGUGAUUUAUAAUUGUUAUUUGUCAACAAAGGUUUUUUUUUAUUGUACAUGUGUUGUUUUGUUAAUUGCUCUUCACCAAAUAGCCUUGGAGUCAUUUAUGAGAAAAACAUGUCUUGCCAUUCAGUCCAACAAAACCACACACAGCUCUCAACUUUAUCCAAAAUAGCACUGGAUUUCUUUUUAGGUAUUGUGGUUUAUAUUUGAAAUAUUGAAUACAGAUUGCAACAGUUUAGACUAAAGCAUAGAAAUGUGUGUAUGCACUAAUUAAACUAACCACAAGGGAGCAACUAAGGGGGUAAGUCUGUUGGCAAAAAGUUUAGUGAGAAAAGAUUUGUGUAAAUGUCCACAAAGAACAUUGCAGUUGAUAGAGCAUCUGAUUGUACUUAGCAGAUAAUCACAGCAUAAAAAUAACAAGACUCCCAGGCCUUCCUCUGAACCACGACAGCGAAUGCAUAAAUGUUUUCUUGAAAGGUUUUGUAAGUGUGAACAAGGCAGGCAAUGAGGCAUUCUAGCAGUAAGUAACUCAUCAGUAUAAUUCGAAAUAAGCAGUUAAAUUGUGAUUUAUUUCACCCUCAAAAUCUCUAAGGGACCAUUGAAACUUAAUAUGAAAGAUUCACUUUGACUCUGACAUUGUUUUUUCAAGCAACAUAGCCAGUUUAAAAAAAGAAGGUCACGUGUAUGUUCCAAAAACUCAUUUGUUAUCCAGUUUUCUGUCUUGAGUGGCCUGCUUCAUUGAAGGCAUUUACACGACAAUGUCAUUUUAAAUUAAGGAGGAAAUGACAUCUGUUUGUUAUGUUUAUGACAAUCAACAUGCAGUGCAGAUAGCUGGACUGUCUGACCUUUAAUGACAUGAAAAGACUCUUGUCUUCUUUAACUAGAGGAGCCAAAUUGAGUUUGGUUCAUCUUUAACUUAAACUUUGUUUUUCAUUUGGCUCUUCAGUGAGGUAAAUGGGAAUAUGCACUAAAUAUUUAUUUAUUAGUUAUAGAAGUACAGAGACAGGUCAUUGUUAAAGUGACCUUUCGACUGUAAAAAUCAUUUAUAUUUUAUGUCUGUAUGACAUUCAUUAUGCAGCACUUAGAGGAAAUAGUAGACACGCUUUUGUUAUUAAAACACAGGGGCUUCAUUUUAAAUUCCAUAUUUAUGUAUCUUGAUUUUGACAAUUCUGUGUGCACUUGCCUAGCCAAAAGCAAUAUGGAUAUAUUGUUUCUUCUUCAAGAUUGUAGCAUACCUGUAAAAUCUUCGUCUGAUUUCAUCUGAUAGAUUUUUUUCCCAUUCAGUGUUCUUUUUUAUUUAUGUUUGUGUAUGUUUUAAUAAAAAAAACUACUUUUGUAACAGUG